GAAGAGAAGGACGCCGGAAAUAUUAACGAUGGCUGUUAAGCGGAAGUGUGUAAAUGAACGGACAUGACAGCAAGCAGACAAUAGGUGGAAAGAUUGCUGAUAUGAGUGAACAAGCAACUUGUAGUGUUAGUCAUCUUGGCAUUGUGCAUGCAGCCAUCGUAUUCUGUUGAUGUGGAGUGCAUUGGAAGCAAGGGAGAACCGGGUGUUCCCGGAGUUCCGGGUCCUCCAGGAAGACAGGGACCAGUAGGAAAACAAGGAGCAGCAGGAAUUUCAGGCGGCACCGGCUUGAAGGGUGAGGUAGGAGCUGAAGGUGCAGUUGGUCCACCAGGUAAACAGGGAGUGCAAGGUGUGAUGGGUCGUGCAGGUCCCCCCGGACCUCAAGGUCCUGCAGGGAAAAGUGGAAUGAUGGGUCCACCGGGACCCAGAGGUCCUCCAGGACAAACGGGAGGACGUGGAGAGAAGGGGAAACGAGGAGUGGAGGGUCCAAGAGGUUUGGCUGGAUUAGAUGGCAUUCCGGGUGCUGCAGGUCCCAUCGGACCCGUAGGAUCACGUGGACCAUUAGGAGUGAAGGGUGAUCGUGGAUUACCCGGAGCAAAGGGAGAAGCCGGACCACAAGGUCGUCCCGGUCCAGAAAUGAGUGAAGAUGUGUUGAAACGCUAUUUUUAG